GCCCGCUCCGGCGCCACCAUGCGGGCCGCGCGCUGGCUGCUAGCGCUGGUGCUCGGGGCGGCCGCGCGCGCGCAGAGCCCCCAACUCCCUGGAGCAGGUCACGAUGAAGGCCAGGGCUCCGUGUGGGCUGCCAAGGGGGCCACCCAGGGCUGGCACCGGAGAGCCCGGGACAGCCCCAGGCAGGUGUCGGACAUGGACAGGACCCAGCUGAGCCAGGACUUCGGUGGGGGCACCCUGGCUAUCGACACCCUGUCGGAUAACAGCACCCGUGUGGUGGAGGACAACCACAACUACUAUGUCUCCCGAGUCUAUGGCCCCCGAGAGCCCCGCAGCCGGGAACUGUGGGUGGACAUGGCUGAGGCCAACCAGACCCAGGUGCGGGUGCACGGGAUCCUGUCCAACGCACAUCGGCAAGCAGCGAGAGUGGUCUUGCCCUUCGAAUUCCCUUUCUAUGGGCAUCCUCUGCGACAGGUCACCAUAGCAACGGGAGGCUUCCUCUUCAUGGGCGACAUGAUCCACCGCAUGCUCACAGCCACGCAGUAUGUGGCGCCCCUGAUGGCCAACUUCAACCCCGGCUACUCCGACAACUCCACUGUGGCCUACUUUGACAAUGGGACGAUCUUCGUGGUGCAGUGGGACCGCAUCUACCUUCAGGAUUGCGAGCACAGGGGCAGCUUCACGUUCCAGGUGUCUCUGCACCGCGAUGGCCGUAUCGUCUUUGGCUACAAAGAGAUCCCCAUGUCUGUCCGGGAGAUCAGCUCCUCCCAGCACCCCGUGAAGGCAGGCCUGUCAGAUGCCUUCAUGGUCUUCAAUCAGUCUCCGGAUGUGCCAGAGACCCGGCGCAGAACCAUCUUCGAGUACCACCGUGUGGAGCUGGACACCAGCAAGAUCACCAGGGCCUCGGCCGUGGAGUUCACCCCGCUGCCCACCUGCCUGCAGCACCAGAGCUGUGACACCUGCGUCUCCUCCAACCUGAACUUCAACUGCACGUGGUGCCACGUCCUGCAGAGGUGCUCCAGUGGCUUUGAUCGCUACCGCCAGGAGUGGCUGGCCUAUGGCUGUGCCCAGGAGGCAGAGGGCAGGACGUGCGAGGACUUUCGGGAUGAGGUCCUGUACUCGGCUUCCCCCAGUAGCUCGGGCAGCCCCUCGGACGGGGACAUCACGGUUGACACCACUGCCACGUCCCUCUUGGGUAACAGUCUCACCACGGAAGAUGACACCAAGCUGAACCCCUCCUCGGCGGGAGACGGCCCGGGAGACAACCUGUCCCCCGACACCAAGGGCCCUCCCGUGCGCCUGGGCGCCAUCGUGGGCGUCGUGCUGGCAGUGCUGUUGGUGGCAGCCCUCACCCUCACUGGGAUUUACAUCAGCGGCCACCCCAACUCCAGCGCUGCGCUCUUCCUCAUCCAGCGGAGACCCCACCACUGGCCGGCCAUGAAGUUUCGCAACCAUCCCAACCACGCUACCUACACGGAGGUGGAACCCGUGGGCCAUGAGAAGGAGGGCUUCGUGGAGGCCGAGCAGUGCUGAGGGCGUGAGUGGCGCCCGGGAUGGCAAAGCAGAUGACAAGUGACUUUUCCCUGCCUUCUGCAGGCUCCAUCAUGGCCAGGAAAAAGGGACAGAGGCAGUGGCUCAGAUGUGGGAGCCACGGCGUGCCCUCACACCCCACUAGGUUGGAGCAGAGAAACAUCCACAUGGUGGGGCUUUUAAAGAA